AUGGCAAGGCCUCUGUUAGCCAUGCAAGACCAUUCAUUUCUAUCAAAUAUCCCAGUCUCCAAUUUCAUUGCUUUUAUAGCAGUGCUCGGUGUCUUUUCUCUUGUAACUUUCCUAUGUGCUUCUCAUCACAAAGCAAGAAAAUCACAUGGACAAGGAGACGAGGAGAGUGUAAUUUCACAUUCAACUGAGAAAAGGCUUCUUUCGAAGAUAAAUAGUGAUAUUAGGGAAAGGGCUCAUUCGAUGGUGAAGAUGAUUUCUUGGAGGAAGCUGGAGCAAGAUGAGGAUUGUGAUGAUGGAAGUGAAGAGAUUUGGAGGAGGUCAAUCGCCAUGGGAGAAAGGUGCAGGCCACUGGAUUUCUCAGGCAAAAUUAUGUAUGAUUGUGAAGGAAAUCUUUUGCCUGAUCAUUCAACUCAAAGAGACGAGUAA